AUGUCCACUGUGACUGACGAGCAGAAGCGAGUCUAUGAGACAAUCAUUACAGCAGUUGAGAGUGGUGUUGGUGGUAUGUUUUUCCUUUACGGUUUUGGCGGUACCGGUAAAACCUUUUUGUGGAGUCUUUUGGGAGCUGCUCUUCGAUCAAUUGGUAUGAUUGUUCUAAAUGUUGCAUCGAGUGGUAUUGCAUCGUUGUUGUUACAGGGAGGGAGGACAGCUCAUUCUAGAUUUGGGAUACCAAUUGCUGUUAAUGAAUAUACAACUUGCAAUAUCAGUGCGGGAUCACAUCAAGCAGAACUAAUCAAAGAAGCUAGCCUCAUUAUUUGGGAUGAGGCUCCGAUGAUGAGUAAGUACUGUUUCGAAACACUAGACCGGACUAUGCGUGAUAUUCUUAAAUGUGACAAGGUGUUUGGAGGUAAAGUUGUUGUCUUGGGAGGAGACUUUAGGCAGAUUUUACCAAUUAUCGUCAAUGGUGGUAGAGUUGAAACUGUUUUAUCUUCCAUAACCUCUUCCUAUCUAUGGCCUAGCUGUAAGGUUUUAGAGCUGACAAAAAAUAUGAGGCUUACAAGAGAUGUAGAUGGUGAUCGAUCGAGGGAAAUUGAAGCUUUCUCUAAAUGGAUUCUCGACAUAGGGAAUGGGAAGAUAAACGAGCCAAAUUCUGGAGAAGUGGAAAUAGAUAUACCUGAGGAUUUACUGAUAACUCAAUGUGAGAACCCAGUGGAGGAGAUUGUAAAAGACGUAUACGGUAUUAGUUUUCCCAACGAGCGCAACCCAAAAUUUUACCAAGGAAGAGCGAUACUGAGUCCAAGAAAUAUGGACGUUGACACAAUUAAUGACUAUAUGUUAUCACAGCUACCAGGUAACUUUAACAUAAUUUUCCAGAAAGUGAAUGUAUUAUUACUAAAAUAA